GCACGGCCCGGUGGGUCUGGUCCACGUUGACGCUCACGCUGACACCAGUGAUGUGGUUCUGGGGGAGCGGAUCGGACACGGGACCCCCUUCAGACGCUGUGUGGAGGAGGGGCUGCUGGACUGCAGCCGGGUGGUGCAGAUCGGCCUGCGGGGUUGGCAAGUAUGCCUGCGGGGGUCCGGUUACUCCGCCGACUCCUACGCCUGGAGCCGUGCUCAGGGUUUCCGUGUAGUGCAGGUGGAGGAGUGCUGGUUCAAGUCUCUGGCUCCCCUGAUGGAGGAGGUCAGGGGUCAGAUGGGAGGGGGUCCGGUGUACCUGAGUUUUGAUAUCGAUGCUCUGGACCCCGGCUUCGCUCCGGGCACCGGGACCCCCGAGAUCGCCGGGCUCACCCCCAUACAGGGAGUGGAGAUAAUCCGCGGCUGUCGGGGUUUGAACCUGGUGGGCUGUGACCUGGUGGAGGUGUCUCCCCCCUACGACACCACCGGAAACACGGCGCUGACCGGAGCUAACCUCCUGUUCGAGAUGCUCUGCGUCCUCCCCAACGUCAAAUACCUCUGAUUCUAAUCAAUAACAUCAAGUCUUCUUUAAAGAUAGAAAGAGGGUAACUCUGCAUCAAUUACAGAUGUUUCAUCAAUAAACAGUAAGUAUUGUUUACAGCCAAUGAGAGGACAGAUGCUCUACUGAAGAGGAUUCUAGUCUCAUAGUCUUUGAGAUGAAUUAUAAUAUCAUUCUGUGCUUUAUGAAUGAAAUAUAAGAUGUAAUUAAAAUGUAAAAAGUAUCUAAUGAAUGUGCAAUAUUUACAUAAAACACUAUAUCAAUGGA